AUGCUGGGCUGGAUUGAGCGGGUGGUCCCACAGCCCCCAGCACAGAACCUGCCUGAGGAGAGCCCUGCAGCCCUACAGCCUGCCAAGGUGCCAGCAGGGAAGGCCAGCACAGGGGAUGCUGUGGACCGCACGCAGGCUGUUAUCAAAGAAACAGAGAAGAAGGUGGAAUUUACAGUCGCUGAGGACUCGGCCCCUGCAUCAGCAUCAGUGUUUGAGAGCGUGGGGAGCAGCGUGCUGUCCUGGAUCUCUCAGGGGCUGGAGAAGGUGGUACCACAGCCAGCACCGGCCCCAGGGUCACUGCAAGCGCUUGGGAAGAGCUUCGAGACCAGUGUUGAUGUCCCUGACCAGACAGAGGUGCAGGUCCUCAAGGAUGAGGAUGAGGAUGCUCUGGAGAUAACACCCUUUGACCCCGAGGAGGAUGAGCUGGAUGGCUGUGAGCUGGAGGAUGGCUUGGGCACGGACAUGGAGAGCUGGGCAGGAGCGCGUGUGCUGAGCUGGCUGGUGCAGGGCUUUGAGAGGAUGGUGCCGCAGCCAGAGGUGCCAAAAAGGCCCGAGCCUGAGCUGAAGAAGGAGCAGAGCAGUGCCACAGCAGGAGCAGGUGCAAAAGGGACUAAAACUCGGGUGAAGCCCAAAGACAACAUCCCAGGAAUGGUGGAGCCGGCAGUGGCAGAAGGGCAGCCAGAGCCAGGGAACACCACCCUCCUCCCUCGGUCCCUGGCUGGGGACAGCGGCAGCAUGUUCGGAUGGUUCGUCCAGGGGCUGGAGAAGGUGAUGCCGCAGCCCGUGCCCAGGGAGAAGCAGGAUGUGCAGGGAGCAGCCACCACAGCCUUCAGCCCUGUGGAGGAAAUUCAUAUUGUCCCUGUGGAGCCCCAAGAGAUGGACCUUGCUCUGGAGGAGCUUGAUGAUGGCUGGAGUGCUGAAGGCACGCAUGAAACAGCGGGCUGGGAUGACAUGGCUGAGCUGGGGACACAGGGCUGUCCCUUUCCCCCCAUCGAGGAGGAGCUGCAAGAGGAGGAGACCAGGCUGUGGCCCUGCGCCCCAAGUGCAGCUGAAGAGCAGGAGGAGGUGGGAGAAGAGGAGGAGAAGAAGGAGGAAGAGGAGGAGGAGGUGGAGGUGGAGGAGAGCGCAGGGGCCCUGCUCCAUUCCCUGUGCCCCUCCACAGAUGAGGGGCCAGAGGACACCUUCUAUGCAGAAGAGGCCCUCAGCUUUGCACGACAGGAAGAAGCUGAGAUAAGCGAUCUGGAAGGCGCUUUCAUACAGGUGCAAGAGCAGGCGGUGCAGGAAGAAACUGCAGGAGCAGACACUGCAGGGCUGAGGUGCUGCCCCGCUGUGGGCAUCGAGGACGUGGAUGGUGGAGGUGACCCCGUGGAGGAUGAUGGCACCUGCUUGUCACUGCCCACCCCCGGCUCCCCACACAUGCUGGUGGUGCCUGGAGCCUCUCCCAGGAGGAAGGUGCCAGCCUCUGCAGAUGGCCUGGCAGAAGGGAAUUGGGAUGAGGAGCAGCAGGACAGCCUGCCUGAACGCAUCGGCUCAGCCACCAGCCAGAGCAGCACUGUCAUCCAUGACCGCCUGCAAGAGCUGGUGAGGCUCUUCAAGGAGCGAACAGAGAAGGUGAAGGAGAAGCUGACUGACCCCGAUGUCACCUCUGAUGAAGAGAGCCCUACAGCAUCACCCUCCAAGCCAGCACCCACAGCACCACCCCCACCCCCGGGGGAUGCACAGGUGGGGGAAAAGCCAGUGGAGGAUGAGCACUACUGUGAGAUGCUGUGCUGCACCUUCAAGUGCCAGCCCUGGAUGGACCGCCUGAAAAACUACCAGUUCCCCAGCAGCAUCGACCCACUCACCAACCUGGUGUACGUGCUAUGGCUGUUCUUUGUUGUCCUGGCCUGGAACUGGAACUGCUGGCUGAUCCCCGUCCGCUGGGCCUUCCCCUACCAGACGCCAACCAACAUCUACUACUGGCUGCUCAUGGACUACCUGUGUGACCUCAUCUACCUGCUGGACAUCAUCGUCUUUCAGACUCGCCUGCAGUUUGUCCGAGGAGGAGACAUCAUAAGUGACAAAAAGGCCAUGAAAGAGAACUACCUGCGAUCGCAACGCUUUAAGAUGGAUGUGGUGUGCCUCCUUCCCUUGGAUUUCUUCUACUUCAAAGUCGGUGUCAACCCUCUCCUGCGUUUUCCCCGCUGCCUGAAGUACCUGGCCUUCUUUGAGUUCAACAACCGCCUGGAGGCCAUUCUGAGCAAGGCGUACAUCUACAGAGUGAUUCGGACCACUGCCUACUUGCUGUACAGUUUGCACGUGAACUCCUGCCUCUACUACUGGGCAUCAGCCUACGAAGGACUGGGCUCCACCACCUGGGUCUACGAUGGGGAAGGAAACAGCUACAUCCGCUGCUAUUAUUGGGCAGUCAAAACCCUCAUCACCAUUGGGGGCCUGCCAGAUCCCAAGACGCUGUUUGAGAUCGUCUUCCAGCUGCUCAACUACUUCACGGGCGUCUUUGCUUUCUCUGUCAUGAUUGGGCAGAUGAGGGAUGUGGUGGGUGCUGCCACUGCCGGGCAGACGUACUACCGGAGCUGCAUGGACAGCACCAUCAAGUACAUGAACUUCUACAGAAUCCCCAGAACAGUCCAGAACCGAGUCAAAACGUGGUACGAGUACACGUGGCAUUCACAAGGCAUGCUAGAUGAGUCUGAGCUGCUGGUGCAGCUGCCGGACAAGAUGCGAUUGGACAUCGCCAUCGAUGUGAACUACAGCAUCGUCAGCAAAGUGGCCCUCUUUCAGGGCUGUGACAGACAGAUGAUCUUCGACAUGCUGAAGAGGCUCCGCUCGGUGGUCUACCUGCCCAAUGACUUUGUCUGCAAGAAGGGGGAAAUCGGCCGUGAGAUGUACAUCAUCCAGGCAGGACAAGUGCAGGUGCUGGGGGGACCUGAUGGCAAAACUGUGCUGGUGACACUGAAAGCCGGAUCGGUGUUUGGAGAAAUAAGCUUGCUGGCAGCCGGAGGAGGGAAUCGCCGAACUGCUAACGUCGUGGCUCAUGGAUUUGCCAAUCUUUUCAUUUUGGACAAGAAGGAUUUGAAUGAGAUUCUGGUGCACUACCCUGAGUCUCAGAAGCUGCUGCGUAAAAAGGCCAGGAAAAUGCUGAAAAACAAUAAUAAACCCAAAGAUGAGAAAGGAGGGCCUGGAGACCCGCUGAUCAUUCCCCCCAAAGCCGACACCCCCAAGCUCUUCCAGGCUGCUCUGGCGGCUGUGGGGAAGACAGGAGGCAGAGGGCACCUGGCACAGCUGCGCUGGAAGCUGAGGCAGCUGAAGGCGAUGCAGGAGGCACAGGAUCCAAGUUUCAGUCCAAUACCACCAAAGUCACCGGUGCACCGGAGGUCACCCACUGCCUCCCCCAAAGCAAGGCCCCCUCCAGGAGAAGAGAUAUCCUCAAAAUCCGCUGAUAAUUUAGUCGCUAUCCGUGUGAUUCCAACAGCCCAAGAGGAUGAGGAGAUACUUGCUGCUGAGAUCUCGGAGAAAGAAGAUGAGAAAGAAGAAGAGAAAGAAGACAAGAAAGAAGAGAAAUGAGAACCAAGCUGCUGUGGGGGCUGGUGGCGCGAGUAGGAAUUGGGCGCAUGCCUUGGGUAGAAGCUUUCAGUCAUUAAUUAUUCCUACAAAUUGGAAGUAGGCAUUGCUAAAUAGGUGCUGCAGGUGGGCUCUGCCUUUCUUCUCUGCUUAGGCCUUCAUCCACUGCCAAGGGAACC